AUGCUCGGUAUGCGCAAGGUCGGGACCACGCGGGCUGCAAAGCUCGACCGCAAGACGACCAAGUCCCAUCAGAUGGUCGAAGACAAGUACCGAGCGAAAACGGCAUCUGUGUCGGGGGACACCACAGGGCCUCUUCACGCCGAAGACGAAGAGUAUUUGAAGAGUGUGAUCGACAAGCUCGAGCAAGACCUCGCCCGCCGCCAGGAGAGCUACGUGCGGCGAGAGCGGCAGUACCAAGUUCGCAUUGACGAGCUCGAGCGAAUGGUGUCCGAUUCCCGGGCGAAGAAAGCGCCGAGUAUGUCCCACGAAGACACGAUGGCGUCGCUCCGAGGAUUACACAAGAGCAUCUUGUCGAGCAUCUCGCAAGUGCAAGAGCGCACGGGCAAGAUCCUGCAAGAGCAAGAAAAGGACUUGCUACGGGCCUUCCGAGCGAGGCUGUACAGCGUCCAAGAGGAGCUCGAGACUGAAAAAAACAAGACGGAUGACGGGGCGUCGGCGUGGAUCGACAAGAGCAAGCAGCUCGAAACAGAAGUCGAAUGGACAAAAGAGAUGGCCGACCGACUGGACCGACUCAAUCAAAGCCUCACGCGUGAAAACCAACGGCUCAAAACACAAUUCUCCAUGCAAGAAAACGACCGCGAGUUCCUCGUCCGACAGCUGGUGGCUGUCAAAAGGGACAACGUUCGCCUUCGAAAAGAGCUCAUGGACGCCGUGAAAGACGCUGAACGAGCGCGGGAGGAAGCUACUGCGCAAAUGGAAGAGCUCGAGUUUGGGUCGCGAAAUGGUCGGCAGCAGCCGCGAAAGCAACCGACGACGUCAGGUUCCGGCGCGAUCGACUCGAGGAAAAUGACGAGUGUGGUCAAGCGCGCGCCGUCCACGCCCGCCCUGCCUGGCACGUUUGCGGUGCCCGAGGUCGACAACCGAUACAAAGAGAUCAUCAAGCGUCUGAAGCGGGUGCUCGAAGUCGAGCGCCGCAACUUGCGACAAGUGCGCAAUGCGUACACAACUGACUUACAGACCCACACGGAGCUCUCGAUCUUUGUAAAGCAGUGCAUCGAAGAUGUGAAAGACCAAAUUCAUGCGCACACAUCCGACAAAUCCAUCAGGUCGAACGACACGAUCUCGGUGCUCGGCACUGCGUUUGCUGCCUCCGACCGCCAAAAGGUCAUCGACUUGCUCCUUUCCCAAGAGCGGGUGCUGGCGCUGCUCUAUGCAAAGGCGUUUCCCUUGCCAGGAAGUGCCGCCGCCGUUCCCACGGCGACCUCCAACCCGUCCGACGUGACCAAGGACGACAUCCGCGACAUAUUUAACGAAUCCCAUCAAAACGGAGGCUAUCUCCUUCCCUCUACCCAACACCAGGAUGCCGAUGAAUUGGCCGACGACGACCCGCUUCGCGAUCGAGAUUAA